UGACUGCUGCAGCUUUGGGGCUAUCUAGCGCAGUUGUGUUCCAGAAAGAGGCCUGCUUGCGCAGCUACGAAUGAGAGUAGUCGGUUCCCUGUUGAUGUUCUGCUCGUUGGUCCGUCCCAACCGAAUCGGCGCCUUCUGCAGCAGGAAUAUUCCACGUCACAACAACAGGCAGCAGCAAGCUCAACACGGCAAGCUCAGCAUGGCUGCUAGUGCUGCACCGAUUGACUUCGAGCACGUGUCCGGCGAUACCCUCGGGGGAAGCGGCAUCACUCUCGUACCUAAGGAUGGGGCCUACACGAACGUGGUUGUGUGGCUUCACGGCCUAGGAGAUACGGCGGCUGGAUGGGCUAGUAUGAUGCCGCAGUUGAAGCUCCCCAACACCAAGUUCAUCCUUCCGACCGCAGACACCAGGCCAAUCACCCUCAACGGCGGGUACGAGAUGCCGGGAUGGUCGGACAUCUUUGGUCUCCAGGAGGACUCUCCCGAAGACGCAGUGGGUUUCAACGCCAGCGCCGAUCGAGUCCGGGCCAUCUUGGAAGCGGAAAAGGCUAAGGGGAAGGAGAGUACGCGGAUGGUGGUUGGGGGAUUUUCGCAGGGGGGUGCGGUGGCGCUACACUUCUGCCUUCGAGCCACGGAACCUCUAGCAGGUUGCGUGGCCUGCAGCACCUGGAUCCCUCUCAACAAGGACUACCCGACAGCGCUGGGCAGCGCGGCCAAGGACAUUCCCGUGGCACAGUUUCACGGGACGCGGGACGAAGUGGUACAGUUCACGUGGGGCCAACAUAGUCACAUCCUCAUGAAGGAGAAGCUUGGCAUGACGACCACGUUCGAGGCGAUAACUGGCAUGGGACACUCAUCGAGCAAUGCUGAAAUGGAGAGCGUUGCGGACUUCCUCAAGAGAGUGCUGCCGGACGGCCAAUAGCCUGCUUGACUGUUGGGGUCUUGAGAUUGAAGAAAGAAUCAGGACAAAUACUAGCCUGUUUUUUGGGGUCUUGGGGUUGAAGAAACCGGAGAGAAAGUAACCUGGCAUUUGGGGUUUCGGGGUUUGACGAGGCGUUAUUGUGAGGGAAUUCAGUGGAAGAAUUUAUUCUGCUGAACCAGGGACAACAGUAGUGAUGCUGAUGGAAAAUGGUUGAAAGUUGAGUGUGAACGCUUGGAUGCGCUGCAGGAAAGGACGUGUUCUGUUCGUGCCCUGAUGGAGGCUAUUCGGCUCGAGAGGGAAGAAGACCGCCGUAUCAUACCGUAGGUUGGAAGUGAAAGCAGACAGUCGAAACUGAAAUAUCGAAAAAAGCUCCGAUAAAAAAAAAUUGUUUCGAACGUGGGAUGGCGAGAAUCCUCGAAAGGUCUGAGAAGUCUGGACACGACUUUGGCACCCCAACCAUUCCAGAAAAACACAUGGCUUGAUAGUUUUAUCUUGCUUGUUGUAGGGGUGUUGAAAGUGCCGUGAGAUUACCGACGAGUUUCCAUGUAUAUCGCGCGCACACGGCUAACUUUCCUUGACUCCCUGGUAUGAGCUAGCCCCGGGGGAGAACGCCUACAGUAAAUUCGUACUCUUACCCGUGCGGUUCGGCGCUCAAGAACGACUUUAUUCUCAAUCUGGCUUUGGUAGACGACCACGCGCUUGUACAGCAUAUAUGGAGGCACCCUUGUUGACCGUCCGUUUUUUGCGUACUUGGCCCUGCCAGCAGGCCGUUUGCAGGGCGGUAUCACUAUGGAGAUAUCGUAUGGAUAUGAUGUCAGUAUUACACGGCACCUUGCUCCGUAUUUUUGCUGUGUUGUGCACUUGUGUGCAUUGCUGUGCAAUUUUUCCAAAUUUUGAAAGUUAUGAGCUACAUAGUUUGUCGAGGGUUCCUCUUUUUUUUUUCUUGUUCUAUUUUUUCUAUUUUUUCGAAGUGCGUGUUCCCUUGUUGGUUAGUUGACUUGUGACUACGCAAGGCAUCCGCGUCAGGUGGACCGCUACACUACGGACAUUAGAAGGUACCCUGUGAGUACAAGACAACAUGGCUGAGAAGGCAAUAAGGAAGGCAUCAACACGCUUCAUC